AUGUCCUCAGAAACCGUGGAGAAUAAGAAGCAGGAGUUCCCCUUUCUGCUUAAGAAGUGGUUUGCGUUUAUCGACCAUCUGAAUGAGGAUUGUUUGGGGGGGCCGAAGGUUAUUAAGGUUGCUCAUGUUAUUAACAUGCAAAAGGGGGGUUCACUGCUCAUUUGUCUCUUGAUGAUGCAUAAAACAGGAAACUACUCCGCAACAGCAACGACAUACACUGCCCUCCACGGUGGAUACGGUCUUUGCUGGUUGCUGAAGGAGCUUGUCUUUCCUGAUCCAAAGUGGCAAAAGAAAAUUACCUGUGGAAGUGCCAUUGCCAUCUUCUUGAGUGUAUUGGGCCCUUAUUGGUAUAUUGCAUAUAACGCCAUUGUGGGUCACGCAGAACACUCCAACAUGUCACUAUGUGCGGCUAUCAUCGUGUACUCAAUUGGACUUUUUUUGAUGCUGGGCAGCGAUUGCCAAAAGUACUUUGUCUUGAAAAAGGAGAAGACUCUCAUUACGGAUGGUUUUUUUUCUCGUAUUCGACAUCCCAACUACCUGGGAGAAAUGAUUAUUUACGGUUCGUUCGCCUUCGUAUCGAAGGACAUACGAUCGUUUGGCGUGCUCGCGUGGGUGUGGGUCGGAUUGUUCGCCCCAUUUAUUCUGCGAAAGGAGCGAAGCAUGAGCCGCUACAGGGACUGGCAAGCCUACACCCUCCGCUCUGGCUUGCUUUGGCCCUGCCUUUUUGUCGGAAAAGAACGCUCUGCAACAUGCUAG